ACAAGAGGCGGAGUUCCUACAGCGCGCAUGUGCACCGUCAGUCAACGACGGUCUGAAGAAACUGGCGGAAGCUACCUUUGCAAUUAUGGCGGCCGAAACUGACGGGCCGCUGAAACGGGUGCUGGUGCCGAUUCUUUUACCUGAAAAAUGCUACGACCAAUUUUUCGUCCACUGGGAUUUGCUUCACGUCCCCUGCCUGAAGAUUCUCCUCAGCAAAGGCCUGGGGCUGGGAAUUGUAGCUGGAUCACUUCUGGUAAAACUGCCCCAGGUGCUUAAAAUCCUUGGAGCCAAAAGUGCUGAAGGGUUGAGCCUUCAGUCAGUAAUGCUGGAACUGGUGGCAUUGACUGGCACCAUGGUCUACAGCAUCGUCAACAAAUUCCCCUUCAGCUCUUGGGGUGAAGCCCUAUUCCUGAUGCUCCAGACAGUCACCAUCUGCUUCCUGGUUCUACACUACAGAGGACAAACUGUGAAAGGUGUGGCUUUCCUAGCGGGUUAUGCCCUGGUCCUGCUGGUGCUGCUUUCACCACUGACCCCCAUGGCUGUAAUUACCCUGCUCCAGGCCUCCAAUGUGCCUUCUGUGGUGGCGGGGAAGCUGCUCCAGGCAGUCACCAACUACCGCAAUGGGCACACAGGCCAGCUCUCAGCCAUUACAGUGUUUUUGCUCUUUGGGGGCUCAUUGGCCCGAAUCUUCACCUCCAUUCAGGAAACUGGAGAUCCCCUCAUGGCUGGAACCUUUGUGGUCUCUUCCCUCUGUAACGGCCUCAUCGCUGCCCAGCUUCUCUUCUACUGGAAUGCAAAGGCUCCCCACAAGAAAAAGGAAUAGUAUGGUUGAGCAGGCUACUGGAGUCCAUUCCAUGUUUUUAUUCAUCCGCCUGACCUCAGGGUCCUUCUGAGCCAGUCUGCUGGUGUGACUUAUUCCCCUCUCCUGAGCAGCUGCAGCUUCUUGAGCUUGGGUUUGUGUUUAGUAGAAAGGCAUUGUUGGUAAGGUCAGAUCUUUAGAAAGGAAUAAGAUAGAGAUUUUCAGGCUGACAUUGGAUAUCGUGUGCUGUCCUGUGUAUGCACUAUGAACUCCUUUACUCAUUUGGCUGAGAUUCUCCCUUUAACGAUUUCCAGCUACUUACCUAUUCUGGGCAAAAGCCUUGCCCUGCCCUCCCAUCUCCCAACUUCCUCUUUGGCAUGAGGACAGAGGCUGGACAAUGGAAGGGACUAGGAGCUUAAGGCUGCCUCCUUUCCCUCAGCCUGGCUGGCACUGUCUCCUGGACCCCAGAGCUGGAUGGGGGGCAGAGGAAGGGGGAUGGGGAAUGACUCAGACAGGGCCGCAGGCUGGGGUGAGGAAGUUCCUGCUCUGGCAGGUCCAGGCGGAAGGGAGUGGAGACAGUGCUGGUUCCUGCUGCGGUGAGGGGGGAACAGAGAUGGGGCAAUAAAGACCCAGAGACAUGGCUUAAUUGU